UAGGAGCUUCAUGCUUUGCACUUUGACAUCAAGGACAUAACUUUGACACGUGAUCUCUUACAUUUUGAUAGCAGUUGAAUUUAGCAUUGCAGACCAACGAACGAAAAUGUCUGUGGCUGUUUUGUUUCUGUACACUUGUCUCACUGGGACGCUAUCAGGGCAUGUUUUGCCGAUGACCAAGCUUGAUGGCAGCGCCGAUAUAUCCAGCAUCAUAAACCACGUCGCCUCGCUUGAACACACUGUGACUGGUCUGCAGACGACGACUGGGCAGCUGAAAACAGAUCUACAGACCAGUAGGGCACUACAACAGGCAGCAAAUAGGGAAAUUGCCUCUCUAAAAGAUGAAGUGGCGUCUUUGAAGGCAGAUCUCAGGUUAUCGACAGAAGAACUGAACAUUGUGAAGGCGGAACUUAAGGAUGUCAAGCAGGGCAAUGGUAAUUUUCAGUUGAACCAAACGGGGCUGGAUUCUACAAGUGUUGGUUUGGCGUUUGAUACUCCACAAGUAAAUACAGUGCAGUCAGAUAUCAGGAUGUUAAGUAAUCAACUGAAGCUUGUAAACUCAACGUUGAAUGAUGUAAAGAGAGAAGCAGAUGGAUUUAUUCAAAGUUCCGCGCCAAUACUACAGUUAAUUGCACAAAAUCAGUUGACAGAAAACAUUAAAUCUGCAAAGGUUCUGGCACAGAAUACGUCUAACCAAAUUGCACAGCUUGCGCAAGACAUGAACACAACUACAGCAAACAUGCUGAGUGUCACACGUGAUCUACAAACUGUUAAGAAACAUCUCAGUCUUACAAGCGCGGGCGUAACAACUUUGAAAACUGACAUGGCAGUUGAACAGAAGCAAACUAUUGACAACAAGCAGUCCCUGACACAGAUUUCUCAGACGAUGCUGUCUUUAAUGGGAGAUCUGAACACAACCAAAGGAAACAUGCUUAAUGUCACUCAUGAUCUGCAGUCAGUCAGUGCAGAUCUACAAACUGUGAAGAAUAAUCUCAGUCUGACAAACUCGGACAUCACAGCUUUGAAAAGUGACAUGGCAGAUGAAAAGAAACAAUCUUUUGACAACAAGCAGUCGCUGAAACAGAUUUCUCAGACAGUGCAGUCUUUAAUUGGAGAUGUGAACACAACUAAAGGAAACAUGCUGACUGUGACACAUGAUCUACAGUCAGUUAAUGCAGAUCUUCACACUGUGGAGAGAAAUCUCAGUCUGACAAACUCGGACGUCACAGCUUUGAAAAUAGACAUGGCAGAUGAAAAGAAACAAUCUUUUGACAACAAGCAGUCGCUGAAACAGAUUUCUCAGACAGUGCAGUCUUUAAUUGGAGAUGUGAGCACAAAUACAGGACAUAUUCUGAAUGUCACUCAUGAUCUGCAGUCAGUCAGUGCAGAUCUACAAACUGUGGAGAGAAAUCUCAGUCUUACAAGUGCAGACGUCACAGCUUUGAAAAGUGACAUGGCAGGUGAAAAGAAGCAAUCUUUUGACAAUAAGCAGUCGCUGACACAUAUUUCACACAUGAUUCAGUCUUUAAUGGGAGAUUUGAGCACAAAUACGGGAAAUAUUCUGAAUGUCACUCAUGAUCUGCAGUCAGUCAAUGCAGAUCUACAAACUGUGAAGAAUAAUCUCAGUCUGACAAACUCGGACAUCACAGCUUUGAAAAGUGACAUGGCAGGUGAAAAGAAGCAAUCUUUUGACAAUAAGCAGUCGCUUACACAGAUUUCUCAGACAGUGCAGUCUUUAAUGGAAGAUCUGAACACAACUAAAGGAAACAUGCUUAAUGUCACUCAUGAUCUGCAGUCAGUCAAUGCAGAUCUAGAAACUGUGGAGAGAAAUCUCAGUCUUACAAGCGUAGACGUCAGCAGUUUGGAAAGAAACAUAUCUACUGUGGAAGAACAGAUCUCAAGCUUUCGUCCAGAACCAAAGACUAUUGCAUUCAACGUUCAUAGCCCUACAAUCAAGGCACCUGGAGACCUCCUGUUAUUUGAUCACGUUUUCUACAAUGCUGGGUCGUGCUACAACACGAGUACAGGGAAGUUCACUGCACCAGUCUCUGGAACAUACAUGUUCUGGACACAACUGGUACUGAUUGAAUCCAAGUCUCAAACGUUCAUUUACCUCAUGAAGACUGACGGGUGGAUGGCGAUGGACACAGAUGUCAAGGAUUACCAUGCCUCUAUUGUUGUUAUCGAUCAUGUUAACAAGGGCAGUGAUGUAUGGGUGGAGGCGGCAAGGUCCCACAACAUCACUAUGAGAGUUCCGUCAUCACGCUUUGGUGGAGUGCUAUUGUCAGUGGACUAACCUUCUGAAAAAGAACCUGUACCAGAAUAGAGUCAGUAAAGACGGUCCAAUUUCCUCA